AUGUGUAAUUUGUGCAGAUGACAGAUAAUGCAGUAUAAGACCACUGCCGUUCUUCACUUACUGCAUGUAGAACCUAUUGUGGGACAUUUAUCUUAAAGCCGUACCAAUAUGUCUGGCAUGCAGAUUUUGGCUUUAAUGCUAUGCAUUUCUGGUAUUGGAGCUAUUGUUGUGGCAAUAACAUCAAACGAGUGGAAAGUGACCACCAGAGCCAGUUCUGUUAUUACUGCUACUUGGGUUUUUCAAGGCCUGUGGAUGAAUUGUGCAGGGAAUGCUCUGGGCUCUUAUCACUGUCGACCUCAUUUAACAAUCUUCAGGGUAGAAGGAUUUUUGCAGGCCUGCAGAGCACUGAUGAUUUCCGCUGUAGUCAUUGGAUUCUUUGGGUCUGUAUUUGGGUUUCUUGGAAUGAAAUGUACUAAGAUUGGUGGCAGCGACCAGAUGAAAUCUAAGAUGGCUUGUUCUGCUGGGGCACUCUUUAUAUUGUCAGGAAUAUGCUCCUUAUCGGGCUGCUCGCUGUAUGCACAUAAAACAACCUCUGAAUACUUUGAUCCAAGCUUUGUUGCACAGAAGUAUGAGUUUGGGACGGCACUGUUUGUUGGAUGGGCUGGAGCAGCAGUUUGCUUGCUUGGCGGCUGUAUAUUUUGCUGCUCCUUUGCUGCUGAAUGCAAUCGUUCAAGGACAGGAUAUUCAUAUGCUAAAACAAGAUCAGUUAUGAGUUUGCAAUCAAGAGAACCCAGAACAGAAGCCGACCCGAAGACUCCGAGAUCCUCAAAGGACUUUAAGACUAAUUCAUAUGUUUAAACAUUGUUCUAAAGCAUUUGUGUACAGUAAAAAAAGUCAAAAUAAGAGUCAGAAGAUUCCAACCAAACCCCACUAUUUCUUGCAGUUCUGCUUUGACACAUUAUGAGGCUUAACAGGAACUACUGACAAUCUUAAUCACAGUACCAAGAAGACCCAUCACCAU